ACGGUGUUUGAGCACCGUUUUUAUUAUAUUAACAUCUGAUUCCUCUAUAGAGGAUAAAGACAGACCUAAUCAACUAUAAGGUGGUGCGUCAAGAUGAGGCCAAAUACUUCAGUCAAGUAUUCACUGUUUCUGAUUUUUUUAACCCUUGGUCACGAGUUUGGUUCAGCGUAUCGACUUUAUGAGCGUUCGCAGCAUCGAUGGUCAGCGGAUGCUCUUAAACAACCUGAAUUUCAAGAGCCAAAGUUCAGCGAGCCACUACCAUAUGGCGAAGAUUUCAAAGGUUUUGAAAAUAAGAGGAGUGAAAACGGUACUGGUGUUGAAGUUGUCAAUCGACAAAAAAGAUGGGCAGCAGCUGUUGCUCUAGGUGCCGGUGUUGCCAUCUCCCUUGGUGGUAUUGGCUUCGAAGUUUAUCUCAAGCUUGCGACAUGCUGUGGACCCUACCCAGAAAUAUGUACUUACAUAGAAGAUUUCAAGGCAGUCCAGAAGAGACUCAAGCCCAUGUUUCCUAAAGUGGACUUCUUAGCACUAACAGCUAAAAAUACACUGGAAGAUAUCACUCAGACUAAUUAUCGUCUGAUUGAAAUAUGGAACGACAUGAAGCGAAUCAGGGAUCUUAAGGUCAAGCUUCUUGAGAAAAUUAGCUCAGCCACAAUUAAGUUCUUCAACACUAAAUGGGCUGAAAUUGAGACGCAACUGAGGAAAGCUAAUAAUACAGUCCGCGCACUCACCUACGAACAACUCAGUGCUGAAUUUGGAUCAUUCCUUGAUAAUUAUAAAAGUGCUCUUCUUGGUUUCACUCCACUCUUCGUAUCCACCCUUACGUUAGCAGCAAUACCUGCAUACAAUGCCUACAAAAAGGCUAGUCUUAAUAAGGAAAUUGCAAGACUUUCAACCGGACAAGACUAUAAACAACUGGUCACGGCACGACAUGGAAAAGCAUCAAAAGUUCUGGGAGUGCAAAACCUGAAUCAGCAUAUCAAGGCAACGGCGACAUCGAGAAACAAUGCCCGAUUUGCAACAGGAAAAUACACUCAGUACGCUUUGAAUGGAAUCACAGGGGUAUCCGUUUUGAUAUCAUUGGGGGUCGAAAUUUAUGCCGCGUAUAAAAAACUAGAACAAUGCAGGGAACAGGUGCGAAAGGACGCAAAAAAGGGUCUGGAUGAUGUCGUCAAGGGAGAGAAACUGUUGAUUGAUAUCCACAAAAAUCUUACCGGCUACAUGACGAUGAUUGAUGAAAAGGGUGUUAAAUAUCUCAAAGGCGAGUUAUCUAGUCAAAACGUUCUUGUGGAACUUGAAGCUAUAAGAAAACUAGCCAAAGGAGCUGGCCAAAAGGCCCAAAGCAAAAAUCUUACCAUAGCAGCACAGAGCAUUGACGCUUUUAUCGUUGGAAUUCAGGACGCAAAUGCUAGACAAACUUUGGACCUUACUGCUGCUCUCGCCGAUGGCCUAGCACGCGUCAAGUUUCUCUACACGUGCUUCGAUGCAAAAGUGUCUCGUGGAAUACUGCGUAGACCAUUGCAGAAAUGGUACCGAUAUCUUACCUAAUAUAUACGCUUCAGCUGCAAAGCAUUUUGACACUAAAGGCAAAGAAUGCCUUGACGAUGUUGGAGUACCAUACUAUAGUUUGGCUGAUGUGCAGUUUAGCAUGAACAAAAGAGCCGCCAAAGAAAAUUUCUCGGCGGAUUGUCUUCUUAACAGCAAUGCCAAAAGGGAGGAAGUAU